AUGAAUCCGUCAAGGUCUAUGCUCGUUCGCCGAGCAAUCAAUUCACGCUCCAUUACCUCACCUUUGCUCUCACGGGCCACGAAACCUUUACUGGGUUCUCUUAAUAGAACGACGCCGGUGCAUAGAUCAGUAACACCUGCUCUAUACGCAACUCGAACAUAUGCAAGUGGCAGACCACAUCCUCCCGGUGGUACACACCGGAUGAAUCUCGGUGGAGAGCCCGAGAAGCCUGCUCUUGAAGAGUAUGGGGUCGACCUGACCCAGAGAGCCCGAGACGGCAAAUUGGAUCCCGUAAUAGGAAGAGAUGGUGAAAUACAUCGAACAAUCCAGAUCCUCUCGCGACGAACGAAGAACAACCCAGUAUUGAUUGGUGCUGCUGGAACCGGAAAGACCGCUAUUCUUGAAGGAUUGGCGCAAAGGAUAGUUCGAGGUGACGUGCCGGAGAGUAUCAAGAACAAGAGAGUAAUAUCCUUGGAUCUUGGUCAGUUGAUUGCAGGUGCUAAGUUCAGAGGCGACUUCGAGGAACGGUUGAAGAAAGUCCUGAAGGAGGUCGAAGAAGCACAUGGAGGUGUUAUUCUCUUUGUCGAUGAACUGCACACUCUUCUUGGUCUUGGCAAGGCCGAAGGUUCUAUCGACGCCAGCAAUCUAUUGAAGCCUGCCCUGUCUCGAGGUGAGCUGCAGUGUUGCGGUGCGACGACUCUAAAUGAAUAUCGCCUGAUAGAGAAAGAUGUCGCAUUGGCCCGACGUUUUCAACCCAUUCAGGUCGGCGAGCCAUCAGUUCAGGACUCGAUCUCAAUAUUACGCGGUAUCAAGGACCGCUAUGAGGUUCAUCAUGGUGUUCGUAUCACCGAUGGAGCUCUGGUUGCUGCUGCCACUUACAGCAAUCGUUAUAUCACGGAUCGCUUUUUACCUGACAAGGCAAUCGAUCUUGUGGAUGAAGCCGCUUCGGCGCUCAGACUACAACAGGAAUCCAAACCUGACCCAAUUCAACGUCUAGAUCGUGAGAUCAUGACUAUUCAAAUCGAGCUCGAAUCCCUUCGAAAGGAGACUGACGUCGCCUCGAAAGAACGUCGACAACGGCUUGAAGAAACUCUUGCUGACAAGAACAAAGAGGUGACUCGACUGACUGAAAUCUGGGACCGUGAAAAAGCCGAGAUCGAGGCUAUCAAGAAGACGAAAGAAGAGCUUGAGAAGGCUCGUCACGAACUAGAGGAGGCACGACGGCAAGGAAAUUUCGGAAGGGCUGGUGAGCUUCAAUACGCAACCAUACCCAAGCUCGAAUCUCAGCUUCCUGCGGAAGGAGAAGAAGUCCAGACGACGACUGAAAAGGGGGAGACCUUGAUCCAUGACUCAGUAACUGCUGACGACAUUGCCAACGUUGUGAGCCGAAGUACAGGAAUUCCUGUCACCAAGCUCAUGGCCGGCGAAGUCGAGAAACUGAUCAAAAUGGAAGACAAGCUCCGCGAGCAUGUUCGUGGACAGGACGAAGCACUAACAGCAGUAGCCAAUGCUGUUCGUAUGCAAAGAGCAGGUCUCAGCGGUGAAAAUCGCCCCCUUGGAAGUUUCAUGUUCCUUGGUCCAACUGGUGUCGGCAAGACAGAGCUAUGCAAGCAGAUUGCCAACUUUCUCUUCAGCUCUGAGUCCGCCGUCGUAAGAUUCGACAUGUCUGAAUUCCAAGAGAAACACACCGUCUCCAGACUGAUAGGUGCGACGGCCGGCUAUGUGGGUUAUGAGGAUGCCGGUCAAUUGACAGAGGCCGUCCGCCGAAAACCAUACGCGGUCCUCCUCUUUGAUGAGUUCGAAAAGGCACAUCGCGACAUCUCCAGCCUGCUUUUGCAAGUUCUGGACGAAGGCUUCUUGACCGACAGUCAAGGACACCGCGUGGACUUUCGCAAUACGCUCAUAGUCCUGACCAGUAAUCUCGGUGCGAAUAUCUUAACGGAAACAGAACCUAAUGCCGAAAAUGUGACACCCGAGCAGAAAAAGGGUGUGAUGGAGAUUGUCCAGGCGUCGUACCCACCCGAGUUUCUCAACCGUAUCGAUGAGUUCAUCAUGUUCAACAAACUCUCCAAGUCGGCGCUGAGAGAUAUUGUCGACAUUCGAAUCAAAGAACUACAAGGUCGUCUGGACGACAGACGGAUGAAGAUCAGUGUCUCGAAUGAAGUCAAGGACUGGCUGUGCGAGAAAGGCUAUGAUCCUCGGUAUGGUGCGCGUCCGCUGAACCGACUGAUCCAGCAGGAGAUUGGACGCCGACUUGCGGACAAGAUCAUCAGAGGGGAGCUGAAGAGUGGUGAGACAGCUGAUGUGGCGAUCGAUGAGAAGGGCGACUCUUUGCAAAUCAAGCUUGCCAACACCGCUUGA